AUGAACGAAUGUAAUAUAUGGAAUGAAGUAAAAAUAUCAGACACAAAAAAUAUAAAAGAGCCGUGUCGAUAGACAUUGAGAAAAAAAUUCACACACAACUUAAACACAAUGAAUUCAAGCCCCUUUAAAUAUUGAAAUUAUAUAGUUAACAACACUAUAUGUACUUAUGUGUUAUAAAAGAUUCAUGGAAAAAAAUCCAGAUGACUCAAUGAAAAUUUUAGUAUUUAAUAUGAAAGCAUGGAGAUUAUUUAAUGAAAUAAUUAUUCAUAGAUUUAUUUCAGAGUGUAAACGAGGUUCGACUUCAUGGGACGGAGGCUCUUGUCUGCCAUGUAAGGACAAUAUAUAUGGCAUCAAAUGUCUCAAAACUUGUAGUUGCAACUAUCAUCAGAGAUGUGACCCUGUUAUUGGAUGUGUGACUUCAACGGUGACAUCUGAGAGCAGCACAACAGUUACUGAAUCAGACGAAACAGAAACUAAUGCGAAUCAUUUUACUAUUACAACCCUGUCACAUAGUGAUAAAGUCAGUGGACCAGUACAAACAGAAACUUAUUCAGUGCAGAUAACUGUAGAUACCACGCCUCACAACGGUGACGAAAAUAGACCAGUACAAACAGAAACUUUUUCAGAGCAGAUAACUGUAGAAACCACGCCUCACAAUGGUGACGAAAAUAAGAUUCUAAGCGGAGGAUGGAUAUUUUCUUUUUCUUUAUUUGGUAUAAUUCUUUUGAUUUGUGUACCACAUCAUGUACGGAAAUAUAUGCGAAAAUCGAAACUUCAAAUUGAUAGGAAUAAAGGUGUUGAUAAGGAUAGAAAUACCAAUAAAACUAUAUCCCUUCAGCAUCAUGAAUAUAUCGAAGUAGACAAUGAAUACGAGGAAAUUGAUGACAAUUGGCUUGAUGAAAGUCUAUUUCAAUUGAAACGAAAAAAUAAAUCAGUAUCAGUUGAAAGUAAAAGUAGUUCGGACAGAUCGUAUUUUGAGCCGAAAGAUAAUGGAAGCUAUCUUAAUCCAUGUUAUGUACCAGAUGAUGAAAGUGAAGGUGGAAAAGGUUCGGGCGAUUCGACAGAUUAUAGUUGUUACGAUAGAGACGAAUCCAUCUAUUUGAACCCAUACCUGGCAUUACAACAACCCAGUGAGAUAGAUGUGCAUGUAUAUGAACCGAAUAUAAUUGUUCAUAAAACAACGGACGAAUCUUCUGAUUUUGAAUCAAUCAAUAACUUGAAGAGUUAUGACAUGUCUGCUGGAUCCAUCAAAAUCCAAAAUGACAUAAAUGUAUCAACCGCGGCCACUAAUAAAGGAAACGAAUAUAUGACAAUGCAAAUUCGUCAUUCACGAGAAGAUAUACACGUUUCAAAGCGUAUGCUGUCAUUAGAAUUUAGUGAUAAAUUGUUCAAUAAGCGUAAGAGUGAACCUUUGGCAUUAAAUAAAGCAAAGAGCAAACUCAAGUUUACUCCAUAUCGUGUCAAAGCAUUCCAUCUUUCGUAUGAAAACUUUUAUUCGUCUGAGGUUUUAUAGAUGGUAAAAUUAGAGUUUAGUUGUAUAGUUUCACUAUUCUACAUACCGUACAGUAGAUCCGUACAAUCUCUUUCAAAACCCGAGGACAACGUUCACACAUCGCUUGAUACUUAACAGGCGUAACAGGAAGUCGGCAUGUACAUGAUUAAUUCCUCAAAAUUAAAAAAAAAGUAUUGAAGGAGUUCUCUGUUUUACACUGUAGGCCAAAGUGGGACAUGUGGAAUGGUAAUGCACUUCUAUGUAAUUUGUUUCUUGUUUUAACGUAAACGAAAAAUAUAUGAUAGUAUAAAAAAAUAUUCAAUUUGAUUUGUUCAAUAAAUAUUAGCAAAAACCAUCCUCUGUAAUGUUCCGAUCGUAUUAAUUUCAUGACCAAAAUUGUUGUACAUGUUGUAGUUUCCUGUCGGUUGUAGAUUUAAUUUAGACUCAGAAUAGAUCAAGUAAGGUCGUAGACACGGACAGUCUAUAAUGACAUAUUAUUGUUAUCAAGAGGAACUGACUAUAAUUUCAUCCCCCAAAUGUUACACUAUAAAUAUUAGAAUGCGAAUUUGAAUUAAAAUGUGAAAGAAUA